AUGCCGGCGGCGGUGCGGGUGCUGUGGUUGGGCUGGGUGUGCGGGCUGUGCCGCGGGUACUUCGAAGGCCCGCUGUACCCCGAGAUGUCUAACGGGAGCCUGCACCACUAUUUCGUCCCCGACGGGGACUACGAGGAGAACGACGACCCCGAGCGGUGCCAGUUGCUCUUCAGGGUGAGCGAGCAGCGGCGGUGCGGGGCGGCGGGCGGAGGAGGAGGAGGAGGAGGAGGAGGAGGCGGCGGCGGCGGCGGGCUCAGCCUGCGGGAGGAGCUGACGGUGCUGGGCCGGCAGGUGGAGGACGCGGGCCGGGUGCUGGAGGGCAUCGGCAAAAGCAUCUCCUACGACCUGGACGGGGAGGAGAGCUACAGCACCUACCUGCGCCGCGAAUCCGCCCAGAUCAGCGACGCUUACUCCAGCUCGGACCGGUCGCUGAGCGAGCUGGAAGGCAAAUUCCGGCAGGGGCAGGAGCAGGGGGGCCGGGAGGAGGCCCGCCUGGGCGACAGCUUUUUGGGGUUGCUGCUGCACGCCCGCGCCUUGCUGCGGGAGACCCGGCACAUCUCCAGCGGGCUGCGGGACAAGCACGACCUCCUCGCCCUCACCGUCCGAAGCCACGGCGCCCGCCUCAGCCGCCUCAAGAACGACUAUCUCCGAGCCUGA